AUGAUAAACCACAACAGCAGCAUUUUUCACCCAAUCACAUUUUUCCUCCUGGGAAUUCCAGGUCUGGAAGGGAUCCAUACCUGGAUCUCUCUGCCAUUCUUCUCUGUUUAUCUUGUGGCUUUGUUGGGCAAUGCCACAAUUCUACUAGUAAUCAAGACAGAGAAGAUACUCCGGGAUCCCAUGUUCUACUUUCUAUCAAUUCUUCCAACAAUUGAUUUGACACUUUCUACAACAUCUGUGCCCCGUAUGCUGGGUAUUUUCUGGUUUGAUGCUCAUGAGAUUAACUUUGGUGUCUGUGUGGCCCAGAUGUUUUUGAUCCAUACGUUUACUGGUAUGGAAGCUGAGGUCCUACUGGCUAUGGCUUUUGACCGUUAUGUGGCUAUCUGUAUUCCUCUCCACUACACGAGCAUCUUGACAUCCCGCAUGCUGAUGGGCAUUAGUAUGUGCAUUAUAAUUCGCCCAGUCCUCCUUAUACUUCCCAUGGUCUAUCUCAUCUACCGCCUACCCUUUUGCCAGGCUCAUAUAAUAGCUCAUUCAUACUGUGAGCACAUGGGCAUUGCAAGAUUGCCUUGUGGAAACAUCCGUAUCAAUGGUAUUUAUGGGCUCUUUGUAGUUUCAUUUUUUAUGCUAAACCUGGUACUGAUUGCUGUCUCCUAUGACUACAUUCUUCGAGCUGUCUUCCAUCUCCCAUCCCAGGAUGCCCAGUUGAAAGCCCUAAGUACUUGUGGUUCUCAUGUUGGGGUCAUAUGUGUUUUCUAUGUUCCCUCAGUCUUCUCUUUUCUUACUCACCGAUUUGGACAAAAUAUACCACAGUAUAUUCAUAUUCUCAUUGCCAACGUUUAUCUGGUUAUUCCACCCUCACUUAACCCCAUCAUUUAUGGUGUGAGGACCAAACAGAUACGUGAGCGAGUGUUCCACACUUUUAUUAAAAACUAG